AUGAUAAUUGCAUCUAUCUACAAGCCAAGUGGUAGUAAUGACAAAAUAUUCCUUGAACAACUUGACUUGCUUCUAGAUUUCUUUGUUCAUUUUGGUUGUGACCUGGUAUUGACCGGUCACAUUGAUCGGUCGGAUUUCAACAUUGAAGUUCAUAGUUCUGGGAACAUUGCUUCUAGUUGGCACAAUGUACUACGGUCUGCAGGAUUAUACUGCACUAAUUUUAAACCUACCAGAGGCAAAGCUUGCAUCGACAACAUUGCUACCAACCUGGAUCCUUCUUCUUACAAAGUAGAAGUUCAUGGCUGGUCCAUAUCAGAUCACAGUUUUCUGAGUAUGGAGAUAACUGAGGCAUACACAAAAUUGAACACGGUGUCUGUUGGAAAUCGGAACUCAACAAAUGAAAAUCGUUCCAUUGAAUAUCGACUGACUUCCCAAACUCUGUUGGCCGAUUUUUCACGCACCUUAAGUUUAAUAGAUUGGGACUCUGCUCUUAGUGGUUUGGAAUCUGAGGCUAUGUAUGAUAAAUUUCACGAUAUCUUUAUCUGUUGGAUGAAUGUCUAUCUACCAGUCAAGCGGAAAACUUUUAAGCCCAGACGAAAGCACAACUCAUGGUAUUCUCCUCAUCUAAAACUCAUGAAAGACCGUGUCAUGGCAUUGCUUUGUCGUUCGCGGCAAUCUGGACAAAAUGCUGACAUAGAAGCAUAUAAAGCAGCCAAGAGGACCUACAGACAAGCUUUACAAGUUGCGAGAAGGGAGUCAAAUGAAGAAUUCAUUAAUACAGCGGAUAACAAGUGUAAGGCUGCUUGGACUAUUGUGAAUCGUGAAACCGGCAGAGAUAGACCAUCACAUCAUGUGCAAACCGAUGCUGAGGACUUCAGUAAGUACUGCAUCAGUGCUGUGGACGAGAUUCGACAGAGCCUCUCUCUUCCAUCAUCUUCUGCUGUCGAUCUGCUGCAACGCAGUACCCCGGCAGCCCAUUCCCGGCUCUUCAAUUGGCGUCCAGUGAAUGGUGGUGAAGUGAGUCGUUUGGUUUCAGGGUUUAAAUCCUCGGGAAGCUGUGACGUAUAUGGCAUAUCGUCAGUAAUUGUGAAAGUUGUAAUCGAUGCAAUAGCUCAUCCACUGGCUAAAUGUAUAAAUGCUUGUCUAUUGGAGGGAAGUUUUCCCGCUAAGUUAAAAAUGUCUAAGGUAGUACCUAUUUUUAAGAAAGGUAACUACGGUGAAAUAAACAGCUACAGAGCGAUCUCUCUGGUCCCCUGUUUUUCCAAAGUGUUCUAA